AUGAACCAGCCGAUCUCCAAACGACGCCGUCCCGUGGCGCCGGAGGUCGGCGAUGGCAGCAUGAUUCCAGAUGAGGUGCUGCUGUUGGAGAUCCUCGUGCGCCUUCCUGUGAAGCCCCUUGUGCGCUUCAAAUCCGUGUGCAAGGCGUGGUGCGCCACCAUAGCCAGCGCUCAUUUCGCCCGCCUGCACUUGGAGCUUGCAAGAGCUACUAGCUCAUCAUCCAUGGUCCUAGUCCCCCGGAAGUGGCAGCCGGAACCGACGAAGCUGGCCUCUCGGUUCGUGCACAUCUACGGCUUCCAGCCAGCAGCGCAGAGCAAGGUCGCCAAGCUCAUUCUCAGGAACGAGCCUCGUCCCAAUGGCAUCCCACGAUUCAGCAUCCCCAUGCACUGCGACGGACUGGUUCUGAUCCCCAGCGUCACUGGGCACAUAUUCGUGUGCAACCCGGCCACCAAGGAGUUUGUCGAGUUGCCGCGGGGCACCCGGAAUGUGUUGUUGGACCAAAGGGUCGCCUUUGGCUUCGAUCCUUGCAGUGGUACGUAUAAGGUGGCUAGGCACUUCUUGCGCUCAUACAGUGAGGGACAAAUAUACACAGAAUACGACGUUGGGCAUGAUGAGGUCUUGACGCUUGGCGAUGGCAGAGAGAGGUUGGAGUGGAAAGCCGCCAUUGAUCCACCUUACCCUAUCAAGGGCAGGACUCCUGUUUGCUUGCCAGGAUUCUUCUACUGGAGUGCCGUCCAGUCCGUGGCUGACGCCGACCACGGCAAGCUCGCCACAGAUGUUAUCCUUCGAUUCAGCAUGCGUGAUGAUACGUUCACUGUGCACCCCAAUCCUCCAUGCAGGAGUUGCCUGUUACGUUGUCGUGUCAAUCUGCCCAUACCAAGGAGUGUUCGUGUUUUUGCUUGUGCUUCAGCUGAUCAAGACGCGGUAUUCCUCUCCGUGGAUGCCCGGGUGCAACCUCCACGAUGGAUCUCUUGA